ACGUCCGGGCGCCACGAUUGCAGUGUUCGGUGUGCGGCCGGCCCGAGGAGGUACUAUGGAGGAAGGAAAAGAAAAGGCAGCAUCUUGCUCAAGUUAUGUGAUUGAGGAAAAUACGGAUAUUUGCAUGAGCAAUGUUUCAGACUUUCCUCUUCUGACUGAUGAACAGUUUGAUUUUGACCUUUCACUCUCUCCCGCAAGUGGAAGUGAAGAUGAAGUUUUUAUGGGACCUUUGGGACACAAGGAAAAAUGUAUUUCUGCCAAUAUUGAAGCACAAAGUGCUGAAAAAGAGAGUGCACUUGCUUCUGAUGAUAAACUCAUGUGGAGUCCACUUACAGGAGAGAAAUUCGUGGAAAUCUUCAAAGAAGCUCGUCUGUUAGCCCUGCAGAUAGAGACUGUAAGCAAGAAUGAGCAGACUAAAAUAAAACAAUCUGAAGAACUGGAAAACAAAAUUACAGAAACAUUUGUGGCGGACUCAAAGGCAAAAUUAAAAAUGCUGAGGAUCCAGAAUACAGAGGCAAGUCCCAGGGCUGUUAAAAGAGAGACAUACUGUGUGUGGGAAAGCCCAGCAUCUCAGCUGCCACCUUGUUUCCAGAAGGAAUCAGAUAAACUUUUGUCAGAUGCCGAAACAUACAUUCUUCAUACUCUUCCAGACAAAAGCCCUGUUAAAAUUCUUUUAUCUCCUACAAAAAUUGCCAGUUCACCUCUGACACAAACACAGAAAACUAAGGAAGGAAACAUGAAGGCAACUGGCAAACUGCCAAUGGCACAACUGUCAUGUACUCUUGGAAAAAGCAAUUUGUUGACUACUGAAGAGCCCAAACUAGGAAACCAUCCAAAUAUUUCUACAAAAGGAGACUUGAACAGCAUGGGAUCACCUGAAGAUCUAAUUUCUGAUAAAUCUAAUGCUUAUUCAGAGGUCUUUGAGUCUUCCUUCAGUGGCAGUUCCUCAGCACAAGACAAAAAAGCCCUUCCUGCAUCAAGUAAGCCUGGCUUAAAGAAGGUAACACAGCUGAAACUUCCUGGUGUCCGUCUCCCAAGAAAGAUUACAUCUUUGUCAUCAUUUUCCAGCAUAAACUCAAGUCUGAAUUCAAGUUUGCCUAUUUCUCCCAUAGGAAAAAAUGGAAAAUCAAGCAUGUCUUCAAAAGUUAGUGUGAGUGGCUCUAAGCUUUCAUCUAGUACAAACAGGUCAGCCUUUGUUCGACCUACCAAAGUGUCAUCUCUGCAGUCUGCCAAUGCUGAAACAUCCAGGAGCCAAGCAAGAUCAGUUAGUACUCCCAAAAUAUCUAGUGUUGUAAGCUUAGGUAAAUCUUCGGCUACUGCAACACCAUCUGAGGCUGUAGGCAGUGGAAUUCAGAGGCUGAGUUCUGCCCCCUGUCUGCAUAAUAAAGAUGGAAGUGCAACAAAAGGAAGCCUGUGUCCAAAGCCCAAGGCUAGAGCUUUGUCAGCUCCUACAAAUCAAACUAAGGUUCCAGUGAAGACUGGAGAUACACCAUCAAAGAGAUUAGCACCAAAGGCAGUACCAUCUAUUGGUUUACCAUUUUGUGGCACAUUUGGAAGUGCCAUGGCAGUGAGCACUCCUGUGAAAGCCUCUGAAGAUGGGUUCUUUCAGAAUGCUUGUUUCUCUGAGAGGUCUGUCUCCAUGACUCCUGCCAGUCUGAAACGGUCUGGCUUACCUACACCUGUUCGUCGUAUCUCAGGCUUUCCAGCAGUGACUCCUAGAUCUGCACCAAGAAUGGCAUUUUCUUCACAUGCUGCAUCUGUUUGCCAAAAUUCUAGCUUUUCUACCAAAAAGACUCUUAGAGCUGGUUCUAAACAGACAAAAGAGAGUAAGGCAUUGAUAUCUUCUUCAGAAGAUGAUACAUCUCCUCCACCUGUGUUACCUCUUGCACUUAACUUCUCACCAGAAAAAAAUGCUACAGAAGUAGUAGAAAACAAACUAAAAGAAGCUGAAGUACAAAAUCAAUUAGCUGAAGAGAAAAAAACUGAGGCCAUACUGGUAGAUAUUGGAGUAGACGCAUCUCUCCCACACACCUUGGAAUCUGAAAAUAGACCUCUGAUUGACCUUUCCAAUACUCCUGAAGUGAAUAAGAUUACUCCUCUAAAGCCCAUGUUCCCAGGGCAGGUGAAGCUAAUUGAUUUGAGUUCACCUCUUAUCACUCUGAGUCCUGAUGUGAACAAAGAAAACCUGGAUUCCCCGCUACUCAAGUUCUGAACUUGAGCCGAAAUGAAGAAUUCUUGCCAUCUGUGGUCUUCAAAGUGUUUAGGAAUUACUCUUUGCUCGUACAUGUUUUUUUUAAGAUGGCUAUAGAUUAUGUGAUAAACUGUGUUAACAUAAUAGAAUUCAAGCAGUCCUGAUGUAGUCUGUCUCAUUAAUGGUUCUGCUCAUGGAUGUGUUGCAAUGAAUGUGUUUAAACUGUUGCUCGAAGGCAAAAAAGAUACUCUUUCUACUGGAAGACUUUUUAUUUUCUGUGUGCAAUGAAGAUUUAAUU